AAAAUUGAUUUGGGCGCGAUCGCGCAUUACUAAGGGCAAAUAGUGUUUUCAAGACCAGCCGCCAUGGCCUGAAGAAUUUCAUAACGCUGUUGGAAAUGCCGUCAAACGAGGCCGUUUGGCCACUCCUUUCGCAGCUCAUUGGUUGGGGCUACUUUGCAGCAUGGAGCUUGAGCUUUUAUCCUCAGCUUGUGCUCAAUUGGCGACGCCGCAGCGUGGAAGGGUUGUCUCUUGACUUUCUUGCUUUGAACCUGUGGGGAUUUCUAUGCUACUCGAUAUACAACGUUGGCCUCUAUGUGAAUCGAGAUAAAUGGGGACUUGACAACAGCGUGCAAUUGAAUGACGUGGUCUUUGCCAUACAUGCCUGCAUUCUUACAGCCCUUACUGCUUUGCAGAGCUUUAUUUAUCACCGCUCUGAAGGGCAGAAAGUAUCAAUGCCCUCCGCAUCAUUCAUCGUGAUCACAGCGUCUACCGCAUGCGUGGCAGGUCUCUUAGCCUUCAAAGGAAUCAUUCCCGCUUCAUACUCUCUGUAUUACUUGUCAUACAUCAAAAUGGCCAUCACCCUUAUAAAAUAUGUACCACAGGCCUAUUUGAACUUCAAGCGCCAAUCUACGGUUGGGUGGAGCAUUGAUAACAUCCUCCUUGAUCUUACUGGAGGCGUGUUGUCAAUGAUGCAGAGUCUGAUUGAUGCCUCCGUUAGUGGCGACUGGUCGGAUAUUACCAAAAAUCCAGUCAAAUUUGGACUGGGCCUCACCUCAAUGAGCUUUGAUGGACUGUUUAUCGUACAGCAUUACGUUUUGUACCGCAAUCGCGUCCGUGGUUAUGGUGGACCGAAUGAAAGGGACGAAGUUGGCCCACUCUUGUCCGCGCCGGAGGAAGCGUAGGAAAAGAUUUCCAGCUCCCGUAUCUUCCCUACCUUGUUCGCAGCCCAAAUCACAAAAGAGUUCAAUCUGUGCGCACACACUCCAGAUAUCAUGCGCGAAGCCAGUUUCGCAUUCACGGUUGCUGCUCACUCCAUUGGCUGAGUGAUACCUGCCGCUGCGCUCGUCUCUCCUUCGCCUGGGCAGUCAUGCAAUCUCCUACUUCUUUAUGUGUCUGUAGUAUAUAAUCUAGGUCUGAUAGGCACAAUUACUUACUAAAUAGAGCAUAGGUAAAUGGUUACCUUUACAUAGGGCUCUCAACAUUGGACUAUCUGUUU